AUGUCAUCUUUUGUCAACCCGCUGGAAAAGUACCCAUUAGGUGCCACACCGCGUAGCACGCGGUCGGGCGCGGCGUCAUCACAAACCCCUGACAUGGGAAAAGACUCGCGUAAGUCUGCAAAUGCAGCGCCAUUGCCAGCAAAGACUUCAAAGGCCCAGCAAACUGCAUCGUCCCGUCGGUCGCAGGCUACUGGAGGAAGACGAAGUAACAGAAGUUCAAGUGGUGAAGAAGCGGAUGAUGCCAUCGCCCAAAACGGCAACGGCAAGGGUAAAGGAAAGAAAGCUCAACCUGAUUUGGCACCUGUCGGUGAAGAAGAUUCUGACGAAGUCGAAUCUUCAGCUGUCUCUUCCAACGCGGCAAGACAACAAUUGAAUAGCGAACUCGAACAUGAUGCUAUUCCAGACUCUCCUAAUGGCCAUGACGUGUCUGGCGCUACACUUCUCCCAGGAGACUCUGAUGCCGAUGGUGGUGAAAUUGAUGCCAUUGCCAUGGUUGAAUCGCUUCCCAACCUACAGGCUGCAUCCUCAAGACUUCUAGACUUUUUCUCAUCCAGUUUCUCAUCACCUAGCCGCAUCGCAGAUUUGGCACGAAAUUUGGCAAAUCCAAAGAGCAGUCAGACCAGGAAGUUGCAAUAUCUGAGCAAUAACUUUUCUUCACAGGUGGAGUUGUUUGGCUCGGAUGUGUAUAUUUCAGUUGAUAAAGUGGCUUCCAUCUUCCCGCCUAUCGAUCAUGAUUCAAAGACUUGGCGCGUUGAUGGCAUCAUUUACAAGUCAAACUGUGCCCAACUUGCUCUGGAGAUUUUGACUCGUAUUACAAUGACUGAAGAUGUUGAAGAAAGCCUGUAUGCACUCGAGGGGCAAUUUCCACUGCCGUUCCUCAGUGCACUGGCUAAUGAAAAUUUGGCCAAAAACGCAGGUAUCAGUGCUCUCCGACGACAGACAUUUGAUUUGGCACUUCAAGUGAGGACUCAGUUUCUGAAGAUGCGUCUUAUCGUUGAGAAGGAUGUUAAAGGACUUGACCCUAACUUGCUACUACACGACGUGUUUUACAACGAAAAUCUUGAUUCACAAGCAUCAGCAGAAGCAGCCUCUUCUCUCCGUGGGUUCUCUUUGCCAUCCUUCCAAGAUGUUGAAGGAAAUCUCCCCGAACAAUAUGUCCAAGAUGUUACCGACCGCAUCCGUGAAAUCACUGCAUGUUUCAAGGCAGAUGGUCAAGUAGACUUCGAUGCCCUUGAUGAGCGGUUUCCUUGGGAGGAGUUCAUCUUCACUGUGGCGAAAUGGCUUCGUUCACGAACUGAAGAGCUCAAUCGUCACCUAGAACGCCAACCGCGCGUGGAGGAUAUACUUGAUAAGCUUGAAAAUGCCAUCAACCAAGGAAGCCAAGAAGAUACGGUUCAUGACACUGAAAUGGGUGACGGAGCCGAGCCAGCAUCUCAAAGCCAAAAGGCUAGCCAGCAACAGCGACGUGAGCUACUCCCACCGGCGGAGAUUAGAGAAAGGCGGGAAGCAGGCGAGCGACAAUCUUUCGGCGGUUUCCAGAACAUUGUAGCCUUAGCUCGCGCCAAGGAGCGUCUGAGCACAGGUGGAAAACAAACAACACCAGACUUUGGACGUCAACUCUCAAAGCUGACCUCUAAGCCAACUGCGCGGAGAUCACUUCCAGUAACACCUGCUUCGAGGCACCCCAGAGGGUCCGAGGCGUCUGCCACACCCGGUGCGCAAUUGGAUUCUGGCGAUCUAGGAUACCAGCGUGCAGUACAGGGAAGAGCAAAUGGAAGACAACCUGGUGCGCAGGCAUUCAUCGACCGCCAAACUAAUGCUACUAGAGUGUCGCCGAUUGAUUCUCAGAGACUCGGUGAUGGUAUCCGCUCGUCGCGUAAACGCGCACGAGAAGAUGACGUGGAUGAAGAUGAAGAUGGAGAAUUCGAGAGUGACGAUCGACGCCUAGACAUACAUGAUAGGCGUGCUCAAAAGCCCGUGCAAACUGCAAAACGGCCAAGACAUGAUUUAACUGAUUCUCUGGCUGCUCGCGCUGGUCCGUCAGACGCUCAAGGCAGGGAUGUUGUGCUUGCUGCUCCUCAACCAUCCCAAGCAUCACCCAUAAAAGUGCCACAGACUCGUCGACCAUGGACGAGAGAGGAAGAUGAGCAAUUCAUCCGUCUUGUUGAGGAGUAUGGUAUCAGCUGGUCCAAGAUCAAGUCACAGGAUGAACUUUCUGGGCGAGUUCUACAUCUGCGGAAGCAGGUUGAUUUGAAGGAUCGAGCACGAAACAUAGUGAUGAUCAGGCUAAAGGGCGGUACACCGUACGAGGAGCUUCCAAAAAACUUUGAGUUGGUUCCAUUGAAAACGGCGGAUAUUGAGAAUCUUCGAAAGAGGAACAUUCAGAUUCCGGAGCGGGUACAGAGACGUCAAACGAACUAUUUCUUAUGA